UCAAACUUUUUUGAUUGAGGGAUCAGGGAAAAAGGCCGGAAUUCCAUCGCACACAUUCGGAAAUUGGAAAAAAUGUUGAACAAGCUACCAUCUUUUUACGUGAAAUUGAGUUCCGAUGAUGUUCCUAUACGCACCAUCGCACGGCGAUAUCGCGAUUGCAUGAAAGUGUACAUCCCGCCGAAUGAUAAAACCACAGCGCGCAUCAUGUUCGCCAGCGUAGAGUCCGCCACGUAUGCCGCAAAUGAGAUUGCUAAACAACCGGGGGUCUUCUCGGUCACUCCGUGCAAAGAUGGUCCAACAGAACCCGAUCGCACCUCUUGGCGAAAUGGGUCGGACAAAGCCACAGAGGAAUCGUCGAAAGCAUUUAAAAAGUCUUGGAAAACGUACAAAAAACCUACUGAAUCCAAGCAAGUUGGUGAAGCUGGAAUCUCGGCACCAUCAGGAUCACCGCCUCAUGGUGGUACAUCCAAGGCGCUGAUGAAAAUGCCAAGUUGUGCCAAAUGUUUCGCCUGCCCCGUGAUGCGCAAGUGUAUUACGUGCGGCACGUACUAUUGCGAUGUAAAAUGCCAAACGCAACAUUGGCCAGUACACAAGGAAAACUGCAUGCCGCGCCUCGCUAUAGAUACGGAAGUAGAAAAGGCUAUAUACAUGUCCGCUUAUGAAGUAGAACAGAAGCCACAGCCUUCCACAAAGCCUCUGCAAUCUAAGGCACUACAGACGGCAAAAGCUAAAGAGUGUCCUGGAAACCAGCAGCAACCGGUGGUGGAUUCACAAGUGCAAUCGCCAAAACUGCUCCUUCAACAGUUCAUGCAGGAUGCCCAAAAGUUGCCAAAGAAGCAACAGAAACUGGAACAGAUUCAGCGUAACUCCGCACACCAUAAUAACACGAAUGAUAAUCCGACUAAAGUGCAGACCCAGCCGAAGCACGUUGCUCAAAAGCAACCGCAGGAAGAUGUUCAAAAUCAAUCGACACCGACACCGAAAAGCUUGCUAUCGAAACUACUCGAUGGUAAAAAACUGCGCAAACUUCUGACGAGUUCUUUUCCUGCGGUAGGCAGUGAUGUUAAGAUAGCACAUGUGGCCGAGGAUGCCAUCUAUAUUUAUAAUUCUGGUCCAGGGCCGCAUGGUCAACCAAAUCAGUACUUGAAGACCGUUGAGCGCUGUUUCGUCGGCGGUCGCGCAGUAAAGGAGCAUUUGAGGCAAGCUCCUUUGCCGGAUGACAUCGUGUAUGCCCCAUUGGCUGGUGCAUACUAUCGGGCCGAAGUGAAGUCCAUUCAGUACGACAAGGCGGUUGUGUUCUUUACCGAUUUCGGAAAUACGGACAUAUUGGAAUGGAAGAAUUUCAAAGAGAUAGAAGAUCCAGAAAUUAAAUACGGCGACCGUCUAAUUCACGAGGUGCAAAUCGAAAAUGUGCCCAUACUUACGGAUUCUAUCCGGAAGCAUCUGCAGACGCUUGAAGGUGAAGCGUUUCAGCUCUCUAAGGUAGUAGGAAUGCCGAAUGGCAAGGCGAAGAUUGUGGAACUGCGUCACUCGAAGGAGCUGUACUAUUUGAGCGAAAUGAUACGCAAACUGUCCAAAGAUAAAGAUGCACUUAUAAUGAAACAGACGUCGACACCGAAGGCCUCGCCUCAACAGGUGCCGCCAGAUCCAAACAGUUAUGUUCCAGUGUCAAUGGAUGAAUUAUCUGAAGUGUGCAUUCCGUGCGGCGAUGACGUUGAGCUGAUGAUAAUAGAUGCAGGGGAGGUGUAUGAUUCAAGUCAUCGGUUGGCGGUUAUCGACGUUGCCCAGCAAGAGGCGUUUGCAAAGUUACUAGCUGAAGUGGGCAAAUAUGGCAAAACGGACGGAGACAUAUACUCACCGGAAGAAACACAUCAUCUGUGCCUUGUGCAAUGGGAUGGAAUCUGGUCGCGGGCUGUCCCAUUGGCCAUCGAAUCGAAGGAGGCAUCGAAUCUCUACUGCCUGCUAGACCUGGGUAUUAUGAAGACGGUGGAGUCAACGUACGUUCGUCGAUUCCCGCAUGCCCUCAACCGGAAGUUGUAUGUGGCCGAAUGUAUUGUUGAGAACCCCAAUUUCCUGAGUACAAUGGCAAGCGGUAGCGAUCAGAAUCCGGAUCUGCUUGUUGGGAAAAAGAUCAAGGUGGAAGUCCUCAGUGGCACAUCCCCGGAUGAGGAGCAGCGAAUUCGAGUGAAGUCGGCUCUGUAGAAUUAAUCAGCCUUAUUACUGUUCUGAAAAUUACAUGCAUCAUGUAACAAUAGCAAUAAAUGUGCAUCAUCAAAGCUGCAAAAUUGA